AAAAAAUGUGUAUUUAAAUUAAUGAAAAAUCAGUAAGCGGAUAUUUUCAAAUUUUAUUAUUUUGAUUUGUUUAUUUAAAAUUUAAUAAUUGUCUGAUGUCUGCUACAUUUCCACUCAAAAAAAUUUUUAGUUAUUUAUUAAAUAAAUUUUUUAUCCUUACAAGAUAUUUUAUUAUUUAUUUAAAGUUAUUUACUGAACUACACGACAGGAGUAUUUACAAUUGUUGUUGAGUGUCGUGCUAAUAUAUAGUGUAUAGAAUCGUUAGUGUGUAGAUCAACAUCAUAAAGUGCACACAUUUUCGCAGUUGAGUCGGCAUCGCGUGAUAAAAUACCCGGCCAAGUUUAAUAUAAGGAAUAACGAAACAGUGGCAUUCAAUUGACGUUCAAAUUUGACUUUUCAUUUUAAUCGUAAAUAUAUUAAUUUAUAUUUAAAAUCGUUAUAGUUACAACUUUUUAAUAAAUUAUUUCAUUUCAAGGAUUAAAGGUACAAGGUAUGAAUCUGAAGUGGUGUUAUAUGAUUUUAAGUACAAUAAUCUAUGCUAAUGGAUUUGGAGAUGUAUUGUCAGAAAAUGCAAAUCUUGAAGAUAAAAAUAUUUCAUUACAAUUUAUUGGAUUGGAAUAUGAAGAUGCAUGUUUCAAAUCUGCUGAUUCCGAAUGGAAAUUCAUUCAAAAUCCAAAUAAUGAAACUCUUCAGCUAUGGAAAGAUUCAUUAGAUACAUAUGCUUCAAUAAAACGUAAAUGUUUAAAAGACAUUGAUGAUACUAUAAAUGAAACUCUGUCUUCAACGAUUGAAUACAAAUUGAAUCUUGUUAGUAAACCUGGCGAUGCAUUACUUGAGCCUGAAGACUGGACAAGCUUUACUUCAUUCAUCGGUCAAGCAGAAUUAACAAGAUUAACUGGAAAUUAUACAUCAGGAUCGAAUAAUUUAUUACGUAAAAAUGCUGAGGAUUUGUUGAGGCGGAAUGGAAAUAAUGAAGAUAAAUUAAAGGCAUGGAUAUCUUGGUAUCGAACAUUACAGCCGCUCACAACAAAAUUAUCAAACAAUUUACAAUUUGUUCAGAAAGCUGCGGUUGCGAAUGGUGCUAAAGAUGUAACAGAGUACUGGGAAAUGCUAAGUGAAUACAAAGAUGGUUAUAAUGAAGCCAAAUAUAAAUGGAGUGAAAUUUUAUCUUUGUAUGAGAAAUUAAAAAAAUUUGUACGAACUCGUUUAACUCAAAAGUACAAUGAUCUCAUGAAAGAUGAAAAAGGAAUACCUGCUUAUUUACUUGGAUCCCUUGAAAGCCAUGAUUGGACACCUCUUGCGAUGGAUGUCAUACCGUAUCCCAAUUAUAUUUAUGAUAUAAGAAAAAAUCUCUGGGAAAAGAAUUUAAUAGGAAAAAAUUUGUAUAAGUCAGCGUCACGAAUAGGUAGCAUAACAUUAAAACACGUACCAGAAGUACAAUUUUUUGAUAAAAGUUAUUUUCAAGGACAAUGUCCACCACGUUUAGUAAAUUUUUGUCGUCAAGGCACAAUGAGUGUUAAUACAUGCUCUGAAUCAUCUCUUUCUAAUUACUUGUCAGCUCAUAAAAAUAUUGCUAAGGUUUUAAUUCAUCAAAUGUCUGAAGAAAGUAUGCCAAUUAUUAAUAAUGCAAAUCGUUACUCUGCAUUAGAAGAAGGAGUGUCAGAAUUAUUUGGUAUUUUGGCUUCAAGUCAAGCAUGGCUUACAACAUUAAAUUUAAUUAACGAGACUGAUAAAACUGAAGAAGCUCAUAUUGUCUCUAUCAUGAUAACAGCUCUAGAUGUACUCCCACGAAUGGCGUACUAUCUAACUGCUGAUCAAUGGAGAAUAGAUAUUAUUAGAAAUAAUACAUUUGAUCCAGAUCAUUUAACAAAUUCCUGGUGGGAAUACAGAUCAGAGUAUGAAAAUAUAGUACCUGGUUCUUCCGAAAAACUCCCGACAUUUUUAGAUGAUAGUUUUAUUAUUAAUAAUCGUCCAUAUCUUUCAAAAUUUAUUGGGACGAUAAUUGGUUUUCAAAUUUAUGAACAUAUAAUGGAAUCAACCGAAGUAAGAACAGAAAAACUAGAAAAAAUUCCUAUAAAUCAUAAUUUUAUUAAAAUGAUACAGCAUGGAAGCGUCGAAAAUUGGAAUGAAGCAAUAAAAAAGUAUUUACAAAUAUAUGAUGUUUCUGUGGAUUCUCUACUGAGUUACUUUUCACCAUUUGAAGAGUAUUUAGACGAGCUGAAUGAUGAGGAGCUUGUUAAUUUGCCUCUAGAACUUGAAAAAAAAUUAGAAAUUCUUGAGGAUCUAUACCAAAAAAAUUUAAAUAAUCCUAUAACUACAACUGAAGCCAUUAAUUCUACAACUACUGUGCCAACAAAUCUAACGACAGAUUUUCAUAAACAAAUUGAACUUCCGUCAAAUACGAAAUCAACUGAACCACAAAUAAAAAAUAAUUCGUCAUCAUCUGAAAUCAUUAAUCCGACAAAAAUUCCGGUUAAAGUUACCGAAAAACCCGAGACUAUACCGGUUAAGGUUAAAAAGGACAGUAAUGAUGGUGUAAAAAAAGAAGACAAAGGAACUGCAGAAAUAGUAAAUGAACAAAAUAAUGAGGCUGGAAAAUUAAUAAAAAGUGGAAUGAGUAAAGCUGUAUGGGCAGUUGGUUCUGUAUUGAUUGCAACUAUUGCGAUUGUUAUUAUAGCAAUUUUCGGGCGACGAAGGUGCCGAAAAACGCCAAAGAAUAGACGUUAUGUUUAAGUAUAAUAGUACUCUUAACAAUAAUUAUUUAUAAUUACGGCAGACGAUCUAUGUCCUGUAUUCUCCAUGUUCACGACCGGUUUCCACCUACGACCCGUAGGGAUUCACUCAUGCAUGUGAAUAAUACACAUAGAUUUCUAGCCAUUGGUUUUCGUUAAACCCCACACAUUCCCUCGAGUAACAUAGAUGACAUCUGCACUCAGACCUUCCGCUCUCUGUUUUUGGUAUGUAUAGAUUAACUAUAUAUACCAAAAGCUCUAUCAGUUAGUCUGUUAGGCCCAGCCAGUCCUUAUGCUUGUAAAUGUGUAAAGACAUUUAGAGACGUAAGGACUGGUGAUUUUGAUGACAGUUAUCAAUUUAAAGAUAAAAGUAUUAGUUUAUAUGGCACAAUUCGUAUAUGCUGAUAAACAAAAUAAUAUAGCGGGAAAACAAGUGAUAUAGCAUCUUAUGUUUGUAAUAACAAUGCCUCGGGAAGAAGACCUAGUGAUGUACCAUCUGGUACCACUAUUGAACUAUCAUCUAAAUCAGGUGCUAUUACAUCCAUCUAUAAAUAAUAAAACAUAAUUUUUUUAAUUAUUAUUGUUAUUAAGAAUAGGAAUGGUUAAAAAAAAAUUACUCACAAGUUCAGAUAUUUCAUGUUUCAACGAAUUUUGUACACUCAAGUAGCAUACUUGAAUUUGUGACGUCUAUAAGAUAUCAGUUUUUUAGGCUGUUUUUUGACAUAUCGAUAAGCCAUCAAAAUGUUAACAAAACGAUCAAAAAUUUAUGUCACUAGCUUAUUUUUCUCAGACCAGCUUUCCCCCUUAAAAGACAUCUUUAUGACACCUUAAAGUUGUCUCUGUGCUACUUGGGCACCUACAACAAAUGAUAACUUUACCAAAUUUUGGGUAGAAAACUUUCUAUAUAUAAUUUAAUCCUGAAAUUAACAUCAGAGAUUUUGGCGCAUAUAAAAUACUAUAAAGUGUAAUUGCUGAAAUCGCUGACUACAAAAUUAUCAGCCAACCGAAAUAUCUCGGUGUAUUCUGGAGGUUGCGGGGACCAGACGGUAGUCAUCUCUCUGUAAUUAGAAAAAAAAAAUAUUAUUACUAUUAUUAUUAUUUUUAUUAUUAUUAUACAAAUUAAAAUGUAAAAAUAUGAAAUGUCUUAAUUUUAAUGUAAAAAAAAAACUAUAGAUUUAUAUGAUCCAAUUCUUAGUACUUCAUGUUUUCUACAAACGCUAUGAAAAAAAAAAAAAUUUUUUUUUUCUAAAUAUUUGUUUAUCCAAACGAAAGACGCCAUUUUUUGUAAGCUGAUCAAAUUUAAUACUGAAAAUUCUAAGAAAUUAAUAUCUCAAGUACGUUGUUACCCGGAUAAAAAAAUUAUAUAUAAUUCAAUAUAAUCAUAUAUAAUUCUAUAUAAUUAUAUAUGAUUUAGAGUAGAGUCUCUAUAACUUUUUCGUUCUGAAACUUUGACUUCCCUUAAUUUCUCCUCCGACAGCAGGGGGUGUUCUCUCACUAUCACUCAACUGUACAUGCGCAAAGGUAAAGCGCGGUUCUGCUUAUAGGCGUUGCGCAUAAACUGAGUGUUCUAACCCUAAGUUUGUAUACGUAAAUAAACAUUUAAGUUAAAUAAGCUUUAAUAUUGUGAAAAUCAAUAAAAAAGAAAAAAAAAACUUA